AUGGCUACGAAAACUCGAGACUCGGGUUCUCCUCCUGUACGAGAAAGAAUAGUUAUUAAUAACAAGAUCCCCAGAGCCAUAGAGCUCGUGAUUCUUUCCCUUCUCGUCUUCUUGCUUGUGUAUCGAGUCGUUACCUUCAAAGACCAAGACCACUGCUUCCCAUGGCUGCUUGCGUUGUUGUGUGAGUCGUGGUUCACUUUUAACUGGAUUCUUGUUGUGAGUACAAAAUGGACUCAAUGCAUGGACAAAACGUAUCCCGAACGAUUCUUGGACAGGGUAAAUGAAUCAGAGUUCCCUGCAGUAGACAUCUUUGUCACUACUGCGGACCCCAUCCUCGAACCAUGUAUCAUAACAAUGAACACAGUGUUAUCCUUGUUAGCAGUGGAUUAUCCGGUCAACAAACUAGCUCUUUAUUUGUCUGACGACGGGUGCUCACCUCUUACAUUUUAUUCACUUGUUGAAACGAUGAAAUUCGCUAAACUUUGGAUCCCAUUUUGCAAAAAGUAUAAUGUUCAAGUUAGAGCUCCCUUUCGAUACUUUACGCCCAAGCCCUCGUUGACCGAAGACGAGUCUUCAGAAUUUCAACAAGAAUGGAAAAAGAUGAAGAAGGAAUAUGGAAACCUUUACAAAAAGAUCGAGAUUGCAGCUCAAAGGAAAUUCCCAUGUGAUCGUGAUUCAGAUUUUGUUGAUUUCACUGAUGUCCACCGCUCGAACCAUCCAACUAUCAUCAAGGUUGUAUCGGAGAACAAAGAGGGUACUCCAAACGACCUUCCCCAUGUUAUAUACAUCUCAAGAGAGAAGAACCCCAAGCAUCACCAUCAUUACAAAGCUGGAGCUAUGAAUGUUCUCACAAGAGUCUCAGGAGUAAUGACAAAUGCACCAUUGAUGCUCAACGUAGACUGCGAUAUGUAUGCAAACAAUCCACAAGUUUUUCUCCAUGCAAUGUGUAUGGUGUUCAGUUUCAAGAACGAAGAAGACUGCGCUUUUAUCCAAUUCCCUCAAGCAUUUCACAACGGAUUGAAGGAUGACCCUUUUGGAAGUCGGAUGAUGCAUCUUUUCUCCAUGCUAAAUGGAGUAUCGUCAAUUCAAGGGGCUAUGUACUCUGGAUCAAAUUGUUUUCACAGAAGAAAGGUUAUCUAUGGUUCAUCUCCGAAUGAUGCAAUCGAAACUGGAGAUACCGAUAACGAAUAUCUACGUAAUAUGUUUGGAAAAUCGAUUGAAAUGAGAGAAUCAGCUGUUCAGACAUUAUCAGGAUCGAAUGCAACGAUACAAAACCGAAGGAUUCCUUCUAGUUUCAUUCAGGCAGCCAUUCAAGUUGCAGGUUGUCGCUAUGAGUAUGGUACUUCCUGGGGCAAACAGAUUGGUUGGAUGUAUGGAUCUAUGACCGAAGAUGUCCUAACCGGACUCUCGAUCCAUGGGAGAGGAUGGAAAUCUGUCUUUUGCCUAGCUGAACCGCUCCCGUUUCUUGGUUGUGCACCUGUGACAUAUCCUAGUGCAUUAACACAAAAGAAACGAUGGGCAACCGGGCUUCUCGAAAUCUUAUUCACCGAUAAGAAUCCGCUACUUCUUACUUUGAAUGGGAAGCUUUGGUUCCGACAAGCCCUUGCUUACAUAUGGGUCUGUUUGUGGGCCGUACGAUCGGUUCCAGAGAUAUGUUACGCCGUUCUACCCGCAUAUUGUUUCAUCACGAACUCACGUUUCUUGCCCAAGAUCUCUGAAUCGGCUUUUCUCAUCCCUAUGGGCAUUUUCGUCAUUUAUACUCUUUACGGAUAUUUGGAAUUCAAACUGCUCGGCAUUUCGCUUCGUAUGUGGUGGAACCUUCAGAGGAUGGCACGAGUAAAUGCGUUGACCGCAUGGUUAGUUGCAUGUCUCAGUGUCGUCCUCAAGCUCCUCGGCUUGUCACAUACUGUUUUCGAAGUAACACAAAAGGAUCGAACCUCCUCCAAUGGUGAAGAUAACGAUGAUGCAAAUGCUCCUAGGUUUACUUAUGACAGGUCACCCAUGAUCGUUCCAGGUGUCGUCAUUCUACUUGUCAACCUGACAGCAUUGGUCCACGGUAUGGUUAACAUCGGGUCUCGUGAAAACUGGAUGUACAUGCCUAGGUUAGGAGAGGCAUUUUGUAGUGUUUUUGUGUUGCUAUGCUUAUGGGAAUACCUAAAAGGGUUGUUUGGAAAUGGGAAAUAUGGGAUUCCAUCAAGUACAAUUUGGAAGUCUGUAGGUUUGGCUUUGUUGUUUGUGCAAUUAUGCAAAAGAGCAUCACAAUGGUUUUAG